CUGCCCUAGCGGGAAACACCAAGGACAUUAGGCGGACAGCCUUCGGACUGGGAGCACGGCUCAGUUGCCCGCGCCACUCAAAUAUGGAAUACGCGCGCGAACGGUGGUGUAAGCCAAGUGUAAACUUACUAAACUAACUCGACAAUUCCCAAUAUCAACAAUUGUGUUUCAAAAUUUGUCCAGGAUAAAAUGGAAAAAGUGCCACUGUGUGUUUGUUGUUUUUAAAGAUACGAUUAACAGUGUCAAUGUAUAUGAUAUGAUGUGACUGAGUUUUAUUUAAUUUUAUUGUGAAUUAGACUAUAUAAAUUAUGUAAUUAUGAGAUUUUCUGAUUACGUAAAAAUGAAGUUUUUGGCGUUUAUUGCGUUGUGUGCAAUAACAUCAGCACACGAUAUAUCGCAGCUAAAGGUGCCAUUGUACGCCGACCCCCGUCGCGCUGCGGAACUCAGCUGCCACUUCAAGAUGGAUGAACAGAAACUCCAUUCUGUCAAGUGGUACCGCGACACUAACGAGAUAUUCAGAUAUAAUCCAACACAGCAGCCUUCAAUCCGUCUCUUCAACAUAUCAGACGUGAUGGUGCAAGGCGGCGAGUGUCAACCUGACUACUGCGUGGUGAGGGUCAUGCCCCCUCCCAUUUCUACCAGGGCAGCAUACACCUGCGAGGUGUCGACUGAAGGCCCAAGGUUCCAGAUAGCGAGGAAGACGAAACAUAUGACUGUUGUUGCUAUGCCACAGGCGGAUCCCGUGAUAAUCGGAGCGCCGAAAGUGUUGAAACCUGGGGAGCAGGUGUUCCUGAACUGCACGUCCGAUUUCUCGUUGCCACCCUCAGAUAUUAAUUGGUACAUCGACGAGGAGCUACAAAAGCCCGAAGCAUGGCAGAAGACUGAAGUGACGGGCCACCAGCCGGGCGGGCUGCGUCGCUCAUGGCGCGUUCUACGCGUGCGCGUCCCCCCCACCGCGAGUGGGUCGAUGCGCGUGCGAUGCGAGUCCAUACUCCUAGUGGAACCGCCAGUGGUGAAGGAUACGAGCACCGUCAUCACUAUACACUCGCUCACGCAGCUUUCUAAAUAUGUGUCUAAUAAUAGUGGUACAAAAGUAGUCAAUCCAGGCGUGUUAAUAGCGACAGUUAUAUUAUUGACUUAUAUUGAAAUAUCAAGAUUGACGAGCUUAUGAGAUUCGGUGUGUAAUAUUGUUUGGUGAUAUUAGUUUUAAGUGUAGAUAAAAUAUUUGGAACGGCCUGUAUAAACAUACAAAAAAUGUAACUAUGUAUACAAAACAUGCGGAUACAGGUUUUGUUCGCACCGAAAACUCCAUCAUGUAUUAAGAAAAUCGUGAAAAUCAUUCAUUGAUAUGAUGAUAGAAAUUCAUUACUUUUUUUGUACCAGACUGAAUUUGAUUCACUAUUAUGAAAGUUUUGACAAUCUGUCACUAAGUUGCCUAAGUUUUGAAA